AUGGUGGGUCAGGCAGAUGCCGAGGACGAGAUAUUCGAGCUGGUGGAUGAGGACGACCGGGUGGUGGGCACCGCCCCUCGCGCUGAGUGCCACUCCCGGGGCCUGCUGCACCGCGCUGUGUACUGCUGGGUGACGGACCCCGAGGGCAAGAUCCUGCUGCAGCAGCGUAGCCUCGCCAAGAAAAUGGGGCCGGGGCAGUGGGACCUGUCGGUCGCAGAACACUUGCAGCCGGGGGAGGUGUAUGUGGAGGCUGCUGUGCGGGGCCUGAAGGAGGAGCUGGGCAUCAGUGUUGACAGGGCGGACCUCCAGGGUCCCCUUGCACCGACGCACCUGCGGGACCUCAAGCUGCACGACUUCCACGAUCGGGAGCUGGUACAGAGCUACCUGCUGGCAGGGUGGCGGGGCGACAGGCUUGAGGUGGACCCCGCUGAAGUGGCGGGCACUCGCUGGAUCGCCCGAGAGGAUCUGGUCCGGGAGGUCCGGGCGCACCCAGAGGCCUUCACCGCCUGGAGCAGGGCCGAGGGCAGCUCGCUCGGCUGGCUGCAGGGUGCGUGCGUCGAACUGCCGGGCGCGACAAAGUUGCCCACAAGCGUGCCCUGCUGA